AAGAUUUUAGAUACUAUAAUUUUAUCUGAGUUUAACACAAUCCACUUAGUAACAGUAACUCAAUAUGUCAUUCAAGAUUAAUACUUCAGCAGUCCCCAUAUCAGCUGAUCCUUUCUCAAAAGACUUGAGGUGAUGAAUGAAACUUGGAGUCUGCAAAAAUUGUCCAAUGUUUUAAUGGAUAUUUGUGUGCUCAUUUAGAUUUAUAAUGCAAUGCUAUAAUCUGAUUAGCAUUCAGAAUCAAUAUGAAAGGCUUAUAAUUAAAAAGGCAUUGAUGGGGAAAAGUGCAUGAUAAUAAUAACCGUAUUUUCAUCAAAGAACUCUGUUUACUGUUUCACAAAUUUAUUUACUAUUUAGUCUUUCAUUACAUCUGUGGUAUGUGAAACUUGCCUAUAGCUAUAAAUUAUUUCACAGGAUAUGUCUUUAAUAGCACUUGAACUUUUCUUAAAGAUACAGUGGCAAAGUCCAAAUUUCUUUUUGUGCAUCUCAUCACUAAAAAUCUUCAAGCAUAUACCUUCAAUACAUGUGUGUUUAUUUAUUUAAAAUUUAUAUAUGUAGCUGAAGUUAUAAUAUUUUUUCUUUCUGUACCCUAAUGGGUUGUCUCUUGCACACCUAGAUGUGUGUGCACCUCACAGUGGAGGCCACUGCUAUAGAUUCAGUUGAAGUUGUCUAUAAGGAAAAAAAAUUAAUCUCUUUUUGAAUUUUUAAAAAAUAUUUGGGUAAGAAAACUUCAAUUUUUUUUUCCUCUUUUUCAUGGUUCUUCAUAUUCUGCCAGUUGUUUUUGCUACUAACACAGGUUUUAAUUAUAAAACUGCCACCAUUCAGAGAAUUCGCUUUUCCUCACCAGCCACCAUCCCCUUUCAUCAAAUAAUUACCUCCCCAGUAGGUAAUUCUCACUAGCUACUAAUUUAAUGGGGAACAAGCCUUGCUUCAGCUAAGCAGAAAACUCUUUGAUUUGUCAUACAAGGUUUUGUUUGAUUGAUUUGUUCAAUAGUUUCUUUGACCAGUAUGUGCUUGAUGAAACAUUUAUAUCAGUGUGUUUGUUAAAUGAUAGUAGUGGUCCUGAAUAGAGAGUAGCUAUAAAUGAUUCAGCACAUUGAAAAAUAAAGGGUAACCCACUUGGAAUAACUUCCUUGCUUGGAAUAGCAUCAGACAACUUAUAUACAUGUCAACAGUGUAUUCUACACUGCUCAGAUGAAUGUCAGGAAAAAAAUCUAGUGUUUCGAGGAUCUUUCUGCUUUAUUAGUUUUUCUGAAGUUGUUGUCUCAAUAACUUGGUGCUCCAGUAGGCUUCAAAUUAAAUAUGGCUCAUGUAAAAAAUAUAUCUUUCAAUAUCACUAUUGAACUAACUGAAUUUAUUUCCAUUGGCUGACUGCUGGCUUUGAUUUUGAAAGAGCAAAUAGAAGUACACAGUCUCAUAGUAAUUUCCAAAAGAUUAUGUUUGCAGCCCUUCGUGGUUAGAUACAUAUCUUCUUCUAGGAAGUGCUUGAGGUUUGUAGCUAAAAGUGGUCUGAGUACAAACAAGCAAUCCUCCUUCCCUUGGGGAAUAUAACAAUUUGAAAUGGCAACUAAGGAGAAGGAACUCAGGAACUGCCUCAGAUUGCAGUCUGCUGGUUUUUAUAUUUCGAUGGUAGUUCUGACUCAAGCCUGGAGAUAUUGUCUUUCCUGCUGAAAUCUGCCUCACUCUGGCUCUUAAAGAGGCCCCAGGAAUGUUUCUGUUAACAUAGUUAAGAUGUGGCUUGUUGCCAAAAAGAAGGUUGGAGAGCUUUCCUGCUUCUUAGGACAUGAAGACUCCUAUCACUGUAGUUUGGUAGUGCAGAAGGUUAUUCUGUAGCAGUUAUGUUUGUUUCCUGGUUUGUUGUUUUUCUGUUUUGUUUUGGAUUUUGUUGUUGUUGUUUUUUUAUUGUUUGGUGGUUUUUUGUUUGGUUUUUGAGGUGUUUUUUUUUUGAUUGGUUUUUUUUUGGGUUUUUUUUUGCUUCCUCUACUUCUUGAGUCCAGUAAACUCUUACUCAUUUCCUCUCCAAAUAAAACAAUUCCUGUCUUCCAGUCUUUUAAUCUCUCUUUAUAUGUAAGUCUCUUCCAUGCCUCUAGAGAUUUUUGUCAUCUGUCACAGCUGUUCAAAGCGACUGAACACAAAAUGUCAUGUGGGGAAUAUUAGUAUCACCAUUUCCUAGUGUUAAUUUCUAGUUAUUUAUAUGCCUGGGUGAAAUAUUGGGUAAACAUGUUGUGAGUAGAACACUUCUGUUGUCUUUAGUGAGCAACUAAACAUUUUGCUUAUGUAAUUUUGACCUUCUGAUCUACCUGGGUUGGCACUGGAGAUGUUUCUAGGAUGAGUCAUUAUUGAAAUUUUGUAAACAAUUUUAAAAAAAUCAACCACAAUUCAGAACAAUAUUUAAUUUAUUUUUUCCAUGUUAUGUCAUCUUGCACAUUUCUUUAGCAUUUUUAAUUUCCCUUUCCCCUUUUCUAGUGUUAUCCUAGAAAGAUUCAAGUGGGGCUGAGAAGACUGAAUGGUUAUAUACAGUUAUGCUUCUGUUCCAUAUCUCUGAUGGUCUCAUCAAAGAUCUGAGACCUUAAGAAACCAUUAUUAAUCAGACAGACACUAGAGCACAUUCCAGAAGUGGUCAUACUAGGAUUUCUUGUUUCAUCACCUUUCAGAGGCUUCAAGUGAGGCUGUCUUGCAUUUAGUUCCCUUGGGUCCUCUUUCUCACCCUUCUUGAAGGUGGAAAUGACAUUUGCCUUCCUCCAGAAUUUGGGUAUUUGUCCCAGUCACCAUGAUCAUUCAAAGAUUGUUGAGAGUGGCCUUGCAAGGACAUCAGUCAGUUCCCUCAGUACUGCUGGGUGCAUCCCAUCCAGGCUUGUGGACAUCCAAUAAAACUAUGCAAAAAAACCCCCAAAACAACCCACUUGUAUUUGUUCUGUAAUGGUAUAUCUUUAUAAAUUCUUGGGGUAAUCUAAAAGAUAUCUAAACCUUUGUAGAUAGGUAACAGUGUAGUUAAAAGUAAAUUAAUGUAUGCAGAGGUGGUUCCUUCAUUUCUUACUGAGUUUAACAUAAGACUGUACUUUUAAUUCCGUUAUACUUUUAGCCAGUAGCAUUUAUUCACCAUAUAACAAAAAAAAAUCUUAACCUUUUAUGAAAGAAACUUGUGGGAAUUAAAUAUGUUUUACAAGUGCUAUUAAUUCUUUUUGAGCAGCACCUCUUCUUUUUGAGCUUUUUUUCAGAAUCCUUGGAAAAGAACUGUGAAGAUCAUUAAACAAAAGUCAGAGGAAAUAAAAAUGUAAAGGACUCACAGCAUUUACUUUAAGAUAAUAAUUUGGAUCAGUCAGAGCAUGGAAAAGGAGCAAGAACCUUUUUUUUUUUUUUCAUUUGGGGUUGUUCCUUAAUGCCAGUAGUCAGAAUCAAUUUUGAAUACUGCAUCAAUAGCUCCAGUAAGCCUGCAGAGUAUUUAAUUUUGUUUCCUAUUCUAAAUUGAUACCUUUGCAGUGUUUUGUGAUUAACAGGGCCUGAAGCUGUGAAGUAAGGUAUUGCUGUUUUUUCCACUUGGGUGAGAAAUGGGUAAAUCCAUAAUGAAAGAAUUGUGUGAUGAGAUUUCAAAUGAACUUAAACCUAGUGAGCUAUAUAGUUUGUAGAUUUGAAACUCUAAAAUCAUUCACAAACAAAUAGAAGUACAUAAAAAUUGACCUUUAAAAAUUCAGAGUGUACAGAUGAAUCCAACACAUUGACUCAUAAAUGUUAAUCUUUUAUUAUCACUCCUUAAAAUUCUGAGCUAGCACUGGAAAAAUGCUGGCAAAUGGUUUAUUGUCCUCUUCAGUUUAUUACUUUAAUCUCACAUCACUGAUGAGACAGUGUAAACGACAGCCCAUAGUGAAUCUGGGACUUAAGAAGGAAGCAGAUGAAAGCCUUACUUGGAUGCCUCCCAUGCUGGCUCAUUUGCUCUCUUCUCACCCUUACAUUUGCCAGCUUCCCACUGCCCCUCUCAGUAAGGAGGUAGCUGCUGGCCAAGGAAGGCUGGGCACAAAGUCUUGUUUGCUCAUGCUGUGCCACCACUUGCAGCUACCAACCUUGGGCAUCACUGAUCAAAACUAUGGUGGAGCUUCUGCUACAUUUGAAGAUUUCCAAAUCCGGCCCCACGCUCUGUUUGUUCACUCAUAUCGGGCUCCAGCCUUCUGUGACCAUUGUGGAGAGAUGCUGUGGGGGCUGGUGCGUCAGGGACUCAAAUGUGAAGGAUGUGGUCUGAACUACCAUAAGAGAUGUGCAUUUAAAAUUCCUAACAACUGCAGUGGUGUACGGAAAAGGCGCCUGUCAAAUGUAUCCCUAACAGGAGUCAGCACCAUUCGGACAGUUUCUGCAGAGCCCUCACCCAGCAUGACGGAUGAAGCUCUUCUGUCUCCUGUCAGCCCUGGCUAUGAGCAAAAGACACCAUCAGAAUCGUACACUGGGCGAGAGAAGAGGUCAAAUUCACAGUCCUACAUUGGACGACCUAUUCAACUAGACAAGAUUUUACUGUCAAAGGUUAAAGUGCCUCAUACUUUUGUCAUCCACUCCUACACACGUCCAACAGUUUGCCAGUACUGCAAGAAGCUCCUCAAAGGGCUUUUUAGACAGGGUUUGCAGUGCAAAGACUGUAGAUUCAACUGUCACAAACGCUGUGCUCCUAAAGUGCCAAAUAACUGCCUGGGGGAAGUUGCCAUUAAUGGAGAUCUUCUUAGUCCUGGGGCUGAGUCUGAUGUGGUCAUGGAAGAAGGGAGUGAUGACAAUGACAGUGAAAGAAACAGUGGUUUUAUAGAUGACAUGGAAGAAUCUAUGGCUCAUGAUUCAGAGAUGUCAAUGACAGGAUGCCAUAGUGAUAAUGGAGAAAUGCAGGAUGCUGAUCUGGAUCACGAUGAAUCUAACAGGAUGAUCAGCCCUUCAACCAGCAACAAUAUUCCAUUAAUGAGAGUGGUACAGUCUGUGAAGCACACAAAAAGGAGAAGUAGCACAGUAAUGAAGGAGGGUUGGAUGGUUCACUAUACAAGCAAGGACACACUGAGAAAGCGACACUACUGGAGGCUGGACAGCAAAUGCAUUACACUUUUUCAAAAUGAUACUGGAAGCAAAUAUUACAAAGAAAUCCCAUUGUCUGAAAUUUUGUCUCUGGAACCUGCAAAAACUUUCACUUUGCUGCCUCAAGGAGCCAAUCCUCAUUGUUUUGAAAUAAGCACAGCAAAUAUAGUCUAUUAUGUUGGAGAAAACAUAGACAACCUCUCAAGUGUUCCACUGAAUAACAGUGUUAUCAGCAGUGGUGUUGGCAUUGAUGUGGCACGAAUGUGGGAGAUGGCGAUACAGCACGCCCUGAUGCCUGUCAUCCCUAAAGGGGCAUCCACUGGGUCAGGAGCCAGCCUGCACAGGGAUAUAUCCAUCAGUAUUUCUGUGUCAAACUGCCAAGUCCAAGAAAACGUGGAUAUUAGUACUGUGUACCAGAUCUUCCCAGAUGAAGUAUUGGGAUCAGGACAGUUUGGAAUUGUUUAUGGAGGAAAGCAUCGCAAAACUGGAAGAGAUGUUGCCAUUAAAAUAAUUGAUAAACUAAGAUUUCCAACUAAACAGGAAAGUCAACUUCGUAAUGAAGUUGCCAUUUUACAGAAUCUUCAUCAUCCUGGGGUUGUAAAUCUGGAGUGUAUGUUUGAGACGCCAGAGAGAGUCUUUGUUGUUAUGGAAAAACUCCAUGGAGACAUGCUGGAGAUGAUCUUGUCAAGUGAAAAGGGCAGAUUGCCAGAGAGAAUAACUAAGUUUUUAAUUACUCAGAUCCUUGUUGCUUUAAGACAUCUUCAUUUCAAAAAUAUUGUUCAUUGUGACCUCAAACCAGAAAAUGUGUUAUUGGCAUCAGCUGAUCCUUUCCCACAGGUAAAGCUUUGUGACUUUGGCUUUGCCCGAAUCAUUGGAGAGAAAUCAUUUAGACGUUCAGUUGUAGGAACACCAGCCUACCUUGCUCCAGAGGUUCUGAGAAACAAAGGCUAUAACAGAUCUCUGGAUAUGUGGUCAGUGGGUGUCAUUAUUUAUGUAAGCCUCAGUGGUACCUUUCCAUUCAAUGAAGAUGAAGACAUACAUGACCAAAUCCAGAAUGCUGCUUUCAUGUAUCCGCCUAAUCCAUGGAAGGAAAUCUCUCUUGAAGCUAUUGAUCUCAUAAAUAAUUUAUUGCAAGUGAAAAUGAGAAAGCGCUACAGUGUGGACAAGACAUUAAGCCACCCAUGGUUACAGGACUACCAAACCUGGUUAGAUUUAAGGGAACUGGAAUGUAAAAUGGGGGAACGUUACAUCACCCAUGAAAGUGAUGACUCCCGGUGGGAACAGUAUUCAGAAGAACAUGGAUUGCAGUAUCCAGCACACCUUAUCAGUCCAAGUGCUAACCAUAACGAAAACACCAAGCUAGAAGAAACAGAAAUGAAAGCCCUCAGUGAGCGUGUCAGCAUCCUUUAAGUUACAUCCCCUAUAAUCUGUCAAAACACUGUGGAAUUAAUAAAUACAUACGGUCAGGUUUAACGUUUGCCUUGCAGAACUGCCAUUAUUUUCUGUCAGAUGGGAACAAAGCUGUUAUGCUGUUACACUGUUGAUAUAUCUGAGUUGCCAAGACAAAUCAACAGAAACAUUUUUGUGUGACCAACUGUGUUGUAUUUACAAAAGUUCCCAGAAACACUAAACUUGUUAUUGUGAAUGAUUCAUGUUGUAUUUAAUGUAUUAAAACCUGUCUCCACGGUGCCUUUGCAAACUAGUGUUUUUCUUACUUGAGCCUCAUUUUGGUAAGAGAGAACUUUCCCGGGAAGAUCUCGGGGGUAUUUUGUGCAUCGUUAGUAUUGUAAUUGUAAGCAAACUCUUGAAGAGUAGAUUAUAACUGCUGUUCUGUGAACAACUUCUACCAUUUGGAUAAAAGCUUUAUUUAGUGUUCUAAAAAUAGAAAAGGCAAAAAAAAAA